ACGCACCACGACACCUGUCAAAAGUAGACAUUCAAUAUCCUGUUUUCAAAUCCGCAUUUGGGUACAAAUACAAAAAUCAUUUAUCAAAAUAAUCAACCUCUUUCGGUUUUUGGAGUGGUCAGAAAUCAUAUUAUUUGCAGAGCUUCCCUUUGUGUACGGUAUUGGUACGGGAUACAGGGUCCUGAGGCUAGGGAUGAGCAGACUAAUCGCGUUUAAACGAUGCUUUUAUAUACAGGAGGGGAUCGAGGAACAGCGCAUUAAGAGUGAGGGUGUUGUAAAUCGUCUUACAGCUACGGCGGGUCCAUGAUCUCGCCAAAGAUGGUAGCGGCGCACACCUCAUCCCAUUCUUCUGCAUCUGCAGAAUGGAUUGUUUGCCUUGAUAAGAGGCCAUCUACACGCUCUGGUGAAGAUGUUGAUAUCAUAUUUGCCCGCCUAAAGAAUGUGAAGGCUUUUGAAAAGUUUCAUCCCAAUUUACUGCAACAAAUAUGUCUCUGUGGAUUUUAUGAAAACUUGGAGAAAGGAAUCACAUUAUAUCGUCAGGGGGACAUUGGAACCAGUUGGUACGCUGUACUGUCAGGAUCCCUUGAUGUUAAAGUGUCUGAAACUGCUAACCACCAGGAUGCUGUUACUAUUUGUACGUUGGGGAUCGGAACGGCGUUUGGCGAGUCAAUCCUUGAUAACACGCCCCGUCACGCCACCAUCGUUACUAGAGAGUACAGUGAGCUUCUGCGCAUUGAACAGAAGGAGUUCAAAACACUGUGGGAGAAAUAUCGACAGUAUAUGGCUGGACUUUUGGCACCUCCUUACGGUGUUAUGGAAACUGGCCCCAGCAAUGACAGAAUGCCCGACAAGGAGAGUAUAAGUAACCACUCCUUAUGCUCAGUCUCUAAACAUUCAAACAAGACACCUCUCAUUGAAAGCCAAGCCAAACCCUCUCCUUCUAAACCCAUUACACAGGUCCCUUCUGAAAAGAUCCUGAGAGCUGGGAAGAUUUUACGCAAUGCAAUUCUUUCUCGAGCACCUCACAUGAUAAGAGAUAGGAAAUACCAUUUGAAGACCUACAAACAAUGCUGUGUUGGGACAGAGCUGGUUGACUGGAUGAUGCAGCAGAGCCCUUGUGUUCAUUCGCGGACGCAGGCAGUCGGGAUGUGGCAAGUGCUGCUGGAGGAAGGGGUUCUCAACCACGUGGAUCAGGAGCACAAUUUCCAGGAUAAGUACUUGUUUUACCGCUUCCUGGAUGAUGAGCAGGAAGAUGCCCCUCUGCCCAGCGAAGAUGAGAAGAAGGAGAGCGACGAUGAGAUCCAGGACACCCUUUUGGUGCUCUCACAGAUUGGACCUGAUGCACACAUGAGAAUGAUCCUCAGGAAGCCACCAGGCCAGAGGACAGUAGAUGAUUUAGAAAUAAUAUACGAAGAACUCCUGCACAUUAAAGCCUUAUCUCAUCUUUCUACAACAGUAAAGAGAGAAUUAGCAGGCGUGCUGAUCUUUGAAUCCCAUGCUAAAGCCGGGACAGUGUUGUUUAACCAGGGGGAAGAAGGAACAUCCUGGUAUAUCAUUUUAAAGGGAUCGGUAAAUGUUGUGAUUUAUGGCAAGGGAGUUGUGUGCACCCUACAUGAAGGGGAUGAUUUUGGUAAAUUAGCUCUGGUGAAUGAUGCUCCGAGAGCAGCUUCUAUUGUCUUGCGGGACGAUAACUGUCACUUUCUCAGGGUGGAUAAAGAAGACUUUAACAGGAUUCUCAGGGACGUUGAGGCCAACACAGUCCGGCUGAAAGAGCAUGAGCAGGAUGUCUUGGUUCUGGAGAAGAUCCCGAGUGUUAGCCAAGGCUGUAACCAUGGAGGCAGUGCGACUCAGUACAAAUACACUGUGAUGUCAGGAACGCCAGAGAAAAUUUUAGAGCACUUUCUGGAAACUAUGCGCCUUGAUUCCACUUUUACAGAGUCAGACUCUGCCCUGGAUGAUUUUGUUCUGAUGCACUGUGUCUUCAUGCCGAACAGUCAGCUCUGCUCACUGCUUAUGGCUCAUUACCAUGCCCAGCCGUCUCAGGGCACAGAACAGGAGAAAAUGGACUAUGCCCUCAAUAACAAGCGAAGAGUGAUCCGCCUGGUGCUGCAAUGGGCAACAGUGUGCGGGGAGCUUCUACAGGAGGAAGAGGCAUCCGUGGCAUUCUUGGAAGACUUUUACAUGUCUGUGUCAGAUGAUUCCAGAAUGAUUCCAGCUCUAAAGGAACAGCUUCCAGAACUUGAGAAGACUGUAAAACACAAUUCAGAAGAAGCAAAAUCCUCACAAAAGAAGCACAAAGUUCUUCUGCGUCAGUUUAGCCUAGGUGAUGAAAGGCUUCAGAAACGACAACCAAUUAGGAGCAAUGAUGGAAUUCUCUUUAAGGUGUACUGUGUAGACCACACUUACACUACAAUCCGCGUGGCAGUAGCGGCUUCUGUGAAAGAAGUGAUCGCUGCGGUAGCGGAUAAGCUGGGCACAGGGGAGGACUUGAUCCUAGUCAAGCUGAGUUCUGGAGGAGAGAAGGUUGUGCUGAAACCCAAUGAAAUUUCUGUGUUUACCACCCUCAGUCACAAUGGACGACUGUUUUUCUGCCCAAGAGACCAGUUUGAUUCACUGACUCCCCUACCAGAGCAGGAAGGUCCUUCAACUGGAUCAAUGGGAACUUUUGAGCUGAUGAGUUCCAAAGACCUGGCUUACCAAAUGACUAUAUAUGACUGGGAGCACUUCAACUGUGUGCAUGAGCGUGAGCUGAUAUAUCACACGUUUGGAAGACACAAUUUUAAGAAGACCACAGCGAAUCUGGACCUGUUCCUGAGACGGUUUAAUGAGCUGCAGCUGUGGGUGGUGACAGAGAUUGGUCUAUGUUCCCAGCUCGGCAAGCGAGUUCAGCUGCUUAAGAAAUUUAUAAAGAUAGCCGCACAUUGCAAGGAGUAUAAAAAUCUGAAUGCCUUUUUUGCUAUCAUCAUGGGGCUGAGCAACGUAGCUGUGAGUCGCCUGACACAGACAUGGGAGAAACUUCCGAGCAAGUUUAAAAAAUUCUACUCGGAAUUCGAAAGCUUAAUGGACCCAUCCAGAAACCACAGGGCAUACAGGCUUACUGUGGCCAAACUGGAGCCGCCAAUCAUCCCCUUCAUGCCCCUUCUUAUAAAAGACAUGACUUUCACCCAUGAAGGCAACAAGACUUUUAUUGACAAUCUUGUAAAUUUUGAAAAAAUGCGUAUGAUUGCAAACACAGUGAGGAUCGUGAGAUACUGCAGAAGUCAACCUUUCAAUUCGGAUGCAUCACUUGCAAACAAGAAUCACCAAGAAGUGCGAAGUUACAUUCGGCAGCUCAAUGUAAUUGACAACCAGAGGACUUUAUCACAGCUCUCUAACAGACUAGAGCCUCGCCGCUUAUAACUCAUCCCCAGACUCCAGCACCGUCCAUGGGGGUCCAUGACAGCACUCAUGCUGCUAUUGCACUGCCAAAAAUCAAUGAUGCUUGUUAUUUAUCUGUUGUAUUACUGAGAUAUUCAGUAUGACUGCAUUCAAAAAAUGAUCCCAUAGCUAGUUAUUUAACAUGCUGACUUAUUUCCUUUUCAUGUUUUUUGCAUUUUUGGAUGCCCAGGACUUGAAAUACAAACGCACAAGAUUACAGUUUGACCUUGGCAUAUAUUUAUAUAAUUUGUUGUAAAGAUAUAUUUCUUGGGCAAUAAACUUACUGUGUUUGUUUCCUUUUUAAUAUGUGGCGGAAUAUUCUUUUUUAAAUGGGUAACUCCUUUAGGAAAUACAUUUUCAGCAUUCAGCACUUACAGAUGCAUUCUACUGUAAAUAUAAAUUACAUUUACAGACCCUCAGUUUAAUGUGGCUAUGACAUUAUAGGUAUGGUGCCAAAUCUGUUCAUUUAUUCUGUUAACUUUUAGCAUGUAAUUAAUUCAGAGUUUUAAAUCUGUAAUAUCUAACU